AUGCUUACAGCGAUGUUCUUCGGAAGAGGUCUUCUGGAUAUCUACAAUGCCGCAAUGCAUAGUCCCUGCACGGUCGCUGACGAUUUCGAUCACCAAUUGGACCAAGAUGCUACGUGCAUGGUGCAAGUAUCCGGCAUGAUAACCACGUUUGACUUCGUCGGGGCGCUUAUAUCCUUAGUAGUCUCAGAGUGUCCAGAGGGCGCAAACAUCAAGGCCUUGUGCGCAUCAGAUGCUACGAUCCUUGUUGGCGCAGUUUCAGGGCUGUUGCAGACCGGCGCCUCCUUCCUGUUGGUUUGUGGGCAGGAAUCUGAUGAGAUCGAUCACAUCCUUGAUGACAUCGGGCCAGAUAUCGUUCCGUGA